UAAACCGGGCCACCUCCAGAGCCAUAAAACAACCUCCACUACACCCCGAUGGUGUAGCUAUUUCAGUCAGAUGCAGACUGCAUCAGGUCUCUCUUGCAGAAGAAUCAGCGACUGCGCGUAGUGUAUCUCCAGAACCCCCUCUCAACCCAAUACAACCGUCAGCUGCUCGUGGUCGCCCUUCUGCUGCAUAACAGUCCCUCCCUCCUCCCCCAGCCUCCACCACUACGGCGGCAGUAGAAUGGCUGCAUCUGCUACGCCAACGGCUGGCAAUGCCCUCAUUCGCUUUCUCCAAAUGCAUAUGGCCUCCUCAUCUGCACCAAGGCCAACCACGGCCCGUAUCUUGUCGAAAGCGGAGUCGGCUACUGGUCUCAUGAAAACCUCCAACUUCCCAAGCACGACCACCCUAGAUUCUGGUUCUGGUACCUCGUCUACCGUCAGCACCCCCGUGGCACCACCCAGGGAGUCAUAUCCGGGGUUGCUGCCUACCUGGGAAGCCGAGCAGGCCAUCAGAGAGUUCAUCGACAGGCAUUGGUCUCACCGUGCCGAUUACAUCAAGGUCGACUGCUGGCUCACCCUGCCCGAGCUCCGCGCCCUCGGCAGGCUGUCCCGCGAGGAGGGCUGGCUGGCCUGCCGGCGCCUUGUCCGCGUGCCCGCCAUCCACGAGGAGGUAGCCCUCUCGCUGUGGGAGCACCUCGCCGAGGAGGAGGAGAAGGAGGAGGAGAAGGAGGCGGAGGAGGAGGAGGAGGCGGGAGACGCCGGUCCAACCGCGGUGGUUACCGUCCCGUCGUUCUCGCAGAUGCCGCUCGCGGAUCCAUCCGCCGCCGGCGACGCUCGUGUUGUGCCCGGCAACAACAGCAGCCACGAGGCAGCGGAAGCCCGGACGAGGCGGCGAUGGCCACGGCCACGACAACGACGGCUCCGGCUCCGGCUCCGGCUCAAAUCCCUCGUCACGAGCCUCCUCCUCUUCCCCGAGGCACGACCACCACCACCACCGCCCAAGCCGCACACCACGCCCGCGCUCAACCGAAAGGCAGCCGGCAACCCGCAUCCUUGCCCCUUUUGCUCCGGGGACUGCACAACCUCCCUUGCCGCGGCUGCGCGGCAACAGCAGCAGCAGGCACACAAGCCCGCUUUCUGGCGGCGGGAGAAUUAUGCCUCCGCCUCCCCACCGCCGUGCCCACCGCCGUCGCCCAGGCUGUCCGGGGACACGCUUACUGCGUCGCGCACGGGGGAGAGCGCCGGCCGUGCCGAAGCGUCGGCGUCGGAGAAGGGCGACGCGAGGAGCAAGCCUCCGAGGCCCGUCGGCCCAGUUUUUUUUCUCCAGCCCGCACCAGGACUGAGACUGAGCCUUUGGAAAGGGCAGCAGCGGGUGGGGAGAGAAAGGCAGCGUCGCGCGUCAGGGUGAGGAAGUUGUUGUGGGCAGCCUUGCCCCGACCGGAUCGGGGGGGAUGGGUUGCUGGGCGGCGUUGGGGAGGGGGUAGAUAGUGUUUGUUGUUUGUCUGUUCAUCUCGGGGGAUGGCGUUGUUGGCGC